CUCACAUUCGUGGAGCAUGAUAGCCUUUGCCAGCAUGUAUAUAGCAUGGCUCUCUAUCUCUGUCGCCUUACUUCUCCUGUUUUGUCUUUUGCUUCGCUAACCAGGUCUCUCCCCACAGGUUCAGUGUCCCCGGGUGCCGGAACCUUCCCUUAUCUGCUUCGCAUUCUUAUCCUCUAUGCGCAGGAUCUCAAGUCUGUUUUUCAUAGCGUGGGUCGAUGGAUUCGGUUCUUCCGCUGGGUACGCUGGUGUGAACAGUAACCGUUUGGUCGGAACUCGUUUUCAUUGAUAAGCACUAAAAUUACACAUAUGCAUUUCAUUCCAAGUCUCUCUCUCCCUCUCUCUCUCUCUCUCUUUCUCUGUCUUUCCCUUGUGGAAUUCUCCUCUGCUUGUCCGAGCAUGUCCCUUUCCACCCUA